UCCAGGAAUGGAAAACAAAUGGUGCCAUCCCUUCUGCUCUGUGAAAAUCCCUGGCAGCUCCUCAGGGCACCCACAUCAUGCCCCAGCAGCCUUUGGAAUGGGAGAUAUGUCUUUGGGCUUGUGUUUAAGAUUAGGACACCUCCUUGGGACACUUGCUUGUGCUCCAACCUGGAUGUUCAACACCUCAUAGCUUUUCUUGGAGUAAAAAACAAAAGCAAGAAAAGGCAGAGGAUGUACCCACCAAGACAAGCAGGUGUGGAGGUCUUUAGAGGUUCUCUGGAGAUGUGCUUAGGUUUUUGUGGCAGCAGUUAUUUGACAGUAGUUUCCAGCAGCUCUUGGUUCCCAAAGGGCAAAUACUGAUGGUUGGCAGGUUCUCUUUGGAAGACAGGGACCCAAUGUGGGAAUUUCCACUAGAAAAUGACUGUGUCUAAAAGCUCUCUCUGCAUGUAAACCUGGUGGCCCAACCUUGGCUGAGGAUAUUUAAAGCAUUUUGACAGCAAGUGAGCACUGUGAGACAGGACCCAGAUGACUCCUGGGGAUCCAGAGGGUGCCUGACCUUGGUGGCACUUUGUCAGUGGAAGAUUGGGUGUGUGGAAGUAGCCAGAGAAGAGUUGGUGAACAUCUCUGUGCCCUUGCAGGUCAGCCCAUGGGUGCAGCCCUGCAGGUGACAGCAUUUGGGCUCGCUCUUCUCUCCACACUCUUCCUCCUCCUGGCCACGUGCACGGACUGCUGGAUGGUCAAUGCUGAUGACAGCUUGGAGGUAAGUCACAAGUGCAGGGGCCUCUGGAGGGAGUGUGUCACCAACAUGCAGGACGGGGUCAGGACCUGUGACCAGUAUGACUCCAUUCUGGCUGACCACCCAGUGAAGAUCGUGGUGACACGGACCCUGAUGAUCACAGCAGAUCUCCUGGCUGGCCUGGCUUUGGCUACACUGAUCCUUGGGCUCGACUGCAUCACAUUCCUCAAGGAAGAUCCUUGUGUCAAGCUGAAGAUGUGCUAUGGAGCUGGAGCCAUCCUUGCCUCAUUCCUCCUAGGCAUCCUGGGGCUCAUAGGCUCUGUGUGGUAUGCAGUGGAUGUCUACGUGGAGAGGGCCAUGCUGGUGGCACACAAUAUAUUCCUGGGAGUCCACUAUGACUUUGGCUGGUCGUGCUGGCUGGGGAUGGCUGGCUCCACUGGCUGCUUUGUGGCAUCUGUCCUGCUCACCUGCUGCCUCUAUGCCUGCACAGGUCAGUCUGGCCCAUUCCACCCCAUCCUAUCUCAAGGUCCUGGUGGAGGUGUGCAGAUGUUUACUCAAAGCAGGAACUGUGCUGGAGCUGAAUCCCUGUCACCAGCCAAAGCCUGA